AUGUCCAGUGUCUGUGAAAUGAUGUUUUAUCUGUGUCUCAGGAUGAGAAACGGCAAUCAUUCCACCAGAUGCUGGGAACUGGUUAGCCUUGAGACCAGGGUUUCUGGGGCCACAGCUCAGGGAUGUGUAUUUAAUUACAGGGUCCCCAGAAACCCCUCCCUCGGCUGCCACAAGCAGCAGCUGCUUUUCUGGGCUUGGGAGCCAGGCCCGGACUGCUUCCUCCGAGGCAGGAGCCCCACGAGCACACCGAGUCAGAGCGAGCUGGGCUUGCUCUGGCAGUGCCUGGGCUCUCCGGAGGCCUGA